AUGAAUGGGCCGCGCCCGUCGACUCGCGUGUUCCUGUCCGAUCUCUCAUCUCUACAAACGGAUACGAAGAUCCGCUUUCUUGGCUGUGUGACAAAGUAUACUGUCGCCACUGGACGCUUGAUCCUGGAACACAAUUACCCACGCAGCAAGACAACCCCGAGUAGUGUUUCCGUCGACAUCACUGGGAUCCUUGAAGAUGUCACUGCCGAAGCGCUGCGCAUAGGAACAUGGCUGAACGUCCUGGGCUACAUCAGGGAGAUUGAACCGAUACAGCCAACAUCGUCGUUCUCAUCGAAUUCUGGAGAUGCCAAUCAAACAUCUACCGUCCCCCCUCGACCUGUUUACGUCGAAGCCAUCAUGGUCUUCGCAGCGGGAGCCAUCGCAAUCGGCGACUAUGAGCUUAUUUUGCGGAACUCUCAAGAUGUGGAACGAAUGAUGAAUUUCAAGGAUUAG